UUUGUUGAUUGUUGUGCAAGUACCACAUGAGGAAAGUGUAGUAAAGUGUUAAAGAAAUAUAACAUUUACAAUAAUUAAACAUUAAUAAGUUACUUCUUAAGGUGACAAAUGACAAUAAGUUUUAUACAAUUUGGAAAAUCAAUCAAAAACAAUAUUAUUAUUAAGUGUCAAGUGCUCCAAAAAAGUACAAUCAAACAUUAAUUUACAAAUAUUUUUACAAUAAUUUUAUUACAAAAAAAAAUAAUUUGAAAUUAAAAAUCCAGUGUCAAUAGUGUUAUAAAUUGUCAUGAAACUAGCUAAAUAUUAAAUUACUUUGAAUAAGUAAGUUGAGGUUAUGUUGAUAAUGGAAGAAAUUUCGAGAUCAGCGCGGAAAAUUUUUCAAAUUCAAAAUGUUUUUUUCAUUCAUCAUCGUCACGCAAGUUUUAAAAGAGAAAAUGGAAGAAAAAAAAUAGUUUACUCUCAUGCAGCUUCAAAAAAUCAUGAGAGAGAGAAAAAAACUUUAUUUGGUCCCUUAGUUGAGACACUGCCCGAAAAAAGAAAACGUUUUGAUUUGGGUAAAGAGGACGAAAUACCCAAGAAAAUUCUUAAAAAUCUUGUAGAAGAAGAAGAGCAAAUCAUUGUAAAAGCAAAAAAAAGACCUUACAAACAAGUGGAAAUGGAUUUUCUCACAAAAAAUAUCAAUAGGAAAAAUUUGAAUAUGAUACAAUUAUCAUCGAAUAAGAUAUCAGAAAUAAAGAAUAAAAAUAUUGUAUAUAAUAUUGUGAAUAAAUCUACUUAUAAUAAUUAUCGAUAUGGCUUGAUAAAUGAUGAGGGAAAUUCCAAAAAAUUAACAACUCCAUCAGAGAUGGAGGAUCAAAAAAAUGAAAUUAAUGUCAAAGAGAAAAUAUUAGAAACAAAUAAUGAUGAUACUGAAAAAGAAAUAACUACAAAUAAAAUUUGUCCCUCGGCAAUAAUUAUUCAAAAUAUGCUGUCUUUUUCAAUAUAUGACAGUACAAAGUCAGGAAGAAUUGCUCAUAACAAACUGCCAGUUACCAACGGGAUUAUUUCAUUAUCUGCAAAAACUGAGAGUUCCAAUAAAAAUUUACCAAGUGUGACACGUAUUUUAUCUGCGACAAUGUCAGAGACUGCAAAAAAGACUUUAGAACGAUGGAAAGCAGAGAUGAUAGAAAAACUAGGAAUAGACGGAUUUAAUGAAUAUCAACAAAAUUUAUUCAAAGACGGACACGAUCUUCAUAGUGCAAUUGAAAAUGCUCUACUUCAAAAAGAAUAUCAAAUCCCGGAAAAAGUUAAGCCUGCCUUUGAAAGUGUACAAAAUGUAUUAAAGGAUAUAAGUUCAAUCACUGCUCUUGAAUCUCACGUAGUUCAUCCAAAACUUUUCUACCGAGGAAUUACCGACUGCGUUGCAACUUACAGAGGCGAUCUGUGUCUAAUCGACUGGAAAAAAUCUGAUAAACGAAAGGAUACAAUUGAAUCCAUUUAUGAUGCACCGACGCAAGUAGCGUCUUAUAUUGGAGCCAUUAAUGCUGAUUUGAACUAUCCAUUUGAGAUAAAAAAAGGUCUUGUUGUUGUUGCUUACACGAAUGGUGAAGAGGCAACAGUGUACGAAAUAGAUCACGAGAAUUUAUUUAUUUAUUGGAAAACUUGGCUAAAACGUCUACAAAAAUAUUUUGUAGAAACAAAAAAGAUGUAGAUUUAUGACAAAAAAAAUUGUACAGAUAAAUAAAACUAUUUUCACUUUAAUAAGUUAAGAAUUAAUAUUAAUUAAUAAAUAAAUAAUUUUGUUUUUUA